CAGAGGGUUUUAUUUUGAAGUGCGGGAGCGGAAGUGACGCCGUUGCCGGUGUAGGUGAUGAGUCCAGGUGAGUUUCUGCCGGCGAACAUGGGGCUGGUUUACUCGGAGCCGGCCUGUCAGUCAGCGUACGACGGAGACGUCGAUCAGCUGUUCCGACUCCUGAGAAAAGACCCAAACCGCCUGAACGUUCAGGAGGAGCGCACCGGGGACACGCCCCUCAUCGCAGCCUGUCGCCACGGUAACCUGAGGGUGGUGCGGUACCUGCUGGACAACGGGGCCGACGUCCACCUGACCAAUAAGAAGCAGAGGACUUGUCUCCACUACGUGUCCAAGAGGAGUCUGUCUCUGCUGGAUUACCUGAUGAUCGCCAUCCUGAUGCCCAUCCUGCUGCUCGGAUACUUCCUCAUGUUACAGAAACAGCGGCAGAACGCGGCUCUCAUGCAGGCGGUGCUGAGCAGCAGCGUGAACAUCGAUGCUGUCGACUACAAGGGGAACACAGCUCUUCAUUACGUCUGUCAGAGGGAAAGUCAUCGUCUGGUUCCUCUGCUGCUGGAAAGAAACGCAGACACCGACAUCCAAAAUAACGACAAAGAAACGCCGCUGGACAUCGCCACCAGACUGAAGUUCAAGAAGAUCGUCAACAUCCUGAGAAAGACACGCUGACAGACAGACAGGCAGAGAGAGAGACAGGCAGGCAGGCAGAGAGAGAGACAGACAGACAGACAGACAGAGAGACAGGCAGGCAGACAGACAGAGAGACAGGCAGGCAGAGAGAGAGAGAGACAGAGAGACAGACAGACAGACAGGAGAGAGAGAGAGACAGACAG